AUGAAGGCAACCUGCAUGGCUACCGGGGUUGAGGGUGGUAAGCAGGUGAUUAGGGAGCAGAUUUCCACCAGGAAAUUUGUGCCUGGUAAGCUAAGCACCCUUUUGGAGUACACUCAGGCGAUGCAUGCGGAGGUGAAGUCUUUCCUGGAGACCGAAUUUGUCUCCUACCUCCAUCUUGGUGAUCUUUACAUAGAGGGUCUCCAUCAGUUGUGCAACGAUUCAGACGCCGAAUGGAAUCAUCUUGACGCCAACACUUCUAGGGCGUGA